GCGCGCCGCCUGGCCCGGCGGAAAGUUUUCCUAGAGGAGUUUUGGCGGCGGCGGUGGUGACCGGAGCGGGCCAUGGACGCGCUUAAGUCGGCGGGGCGCGCGCUAAUCCGGAGCCCCAGUCUGGCCAAGCAGAGCUGGGUGGGCGGCCGGCACCGCAAGUUGCCAGAGAACUGGACGGACACUCGGGAGACACUGCUGGAGGGCAUGGUUUUCAGCCUCAAGUACCUUGGCAUGACGCUGGUGGAGCGGCCCAAGGGCGAGGAGCUGUCUGCAGCUGCUGUCAAGAGGAUCGUGGCCACAGCCAAGGCCAGUGGGAAGAAACUGCAGAAGGUAACUCUCAAGGUGUCGCCCCGGGGGAUCAUCCUGACAGACAGCCUCACCAGCCAGCUCAUUGAGAACGUGUCCAUUUACAGGAUCUCCUACUGCACCGCAGACAAGAUGCACGACAAGGUGUUCGCGUACAUCGCCCAGAGCCAGCACAGCGAGAGCCUGGAGUGCCACGCCUUCCUCUGCACCAAGCGGAAAGUGGCACAAGCCGUCACCCUCACUGUAGCCCAGGCCUUCAAAGUUGCCUUUGAGUUUUGGCAGGUGUCCAAGGAAGAGAAAGAGAAGAGGGAAAAAGCCAACCAAGAAGGAGGAGACGUCUCAGGGACCCGACGUGACAGCGCCCCCUCAUUGAAAAGCUUGGUUGUCACGGGGAACCUGCUGGAUUUGGAAGAGGUGGCUAAGGCCCCGUUAUCCACGGUUACCACUAAUACCAACAACUUGGACGAGACAGCGCGGCCUCAAGUCUUGGGCAGCAACAGUGUCGUCUGGGAGCUGGAUGAUGGCCUGGAUGAAGCAUUUUCAAGGCUGGCACAGUCACGGACGAACCCUCAGGUCCUGGACACUGGACUGUCAGCACAGGACAUCCACUAUGCACAGUGCUUAUCGCCCACCGACUGGGACAAGCCCGACAGCAGCGGCAUUGAUCAAGAUGACCUCUUCAACUUCUGAGGGCCUAGGACUGGCAGGACACAGCUGGCCUUGACAUGUGAUGGACCAGAAGCCACCUGCAGCAGGGCAGCCAUCUCCAGGAGCCGUCAGCCACUCUGCAGAGCUUGCAGAGGAGAGCUGCAUAGUCAGGCAGGGAGAGAGGGCGGAAAGAGCCUGGAAUACCCAGGUUUGCAUCAGGCACUCAUGGUGUGUGCAGGCCAGGGCCUGGCCUCCUGGCCUAUGACCAAAGCAUUCCAUGAUCCUUUUCUCGGGGGCACUCACUCCUCAGGCAGUGAGAGCCUACUGUUCCUUGUGCACUGGAGGGGACAUGGCCUUCAGGGAAGCUUCUUCGGGGCUCUGAGAGGCAACCCCUGACCAAAGACACAUAGCUCUGCACUUUAACUCUCACAGGUGGACACGGUUUGAGGUCCUCGAUGGUGCUGUGGGAGAAGCGCUCGCCUCCUGCCUCCCUCCACAAGAGAACACAGUCCCUGAGGUGGUCUGUAUAGUGCUAGAACCUAGUGUACCGGCUGCCCAGACUCCCAGAGUCUCACGGCAACCUGGGGAACAUCUCUGCGUGGCUCUCAGGGUGUCCCCAACAGGCGAAGCUGGGCCUGCUCUUCUGUUUUGUCUGUGUGUCCCCAUCUUCUGCCUCCUCAUAACCGUGGGAUGAUACCAAAGCCUAACACUAGGUUGUGGCAGAAUAUUUCUCAUCCAUUUUACAGAUAGGGAAACUGAGGCAACACAUGUGGUGGGGUUGGAGUUGAGAAUAGAACCCAGGUCUGAUACCAAAGCUUCUGUCGGUGCUGCCAGCCUCUCAGCCCACGCCUCCUUCUCUCUAGUUUUGUUGUCCUCCGAGGAACCAAAAAGCCCCAGCUAUUUUCUGACCAAAAUGUGUUUCAUAACAAACCAUCUGGUGCCUUUCCACACAGCACUGGCACAGGCCUCCUUGCCCUGCUAGCUGCCACGCUGCUGACUUCCGGGAAGAUGUGUUUUGAAGAGUGUCAAUUCCACGGGUUAAAUGGAAUCCUCCAGAAGCAUCUCGUUGUCCUUUCCUGAUGCUGCAGCCCCAGUGGUCCCCGCACCCCAGCUGGUGGUCGAGCGGUCCAGUGGUGAGCUGUCCUUCGUCUCACUGCUCCCAUGGCUCUGGCAUCCUGAACCUCAGCCAAGCCACAAGCAUCUUUGCAUGGCUAGGAGCCCCCAGUGGCUGGGCUUGUGAGAGCAGGAGAAACACACCAACCAGCAUGACUUACUGUGUGGCUGAAUCAGACCCUUGCCUUGGGGAAGGGAUUUGGGGAACCCUCCCUAGAAUCAGGGUAGCGCUCCCUUUCCCCAGCCAGCUCCAGGGUCCUGAGCAUGAGGGGCUGCCAUGGUGUGGGUGGUGCUGUGGUCUUGACAGGUUGUCCACUGCUGUAAGGCUGCCUCUGAGGAAGAAACAGUUACAUGUUCCUUUUUUAAAAAAAGUAUAAGCACCACUCGGUAUUGCUGGUGACAAGGGGCAGUGUCGUAACUCCUGCCCUUUGGUGAUAUGAGAGGCAGUUGUCAAGAGCCUGGGGGAGGCCACAGCCCUUGCAGCACCAGAGUGGAGUGUGAUGGCAGGAUCCCCGUUGAAGAGCCAGCGGGGCUCCUUUCUUUGCGGCUGUCACCGUGUGACAGGGUACUGAUGAGUGACAGGGUCUAUGUGUUGACACUGACGGUGUUUCUAACCAUGUGUCCUGGCCAGACUCUGAGCCCCUGAGACAUGAGUGUGUGAGGUAUGGGUGUGCCCUUGUGCACCCUUCCCAGGACAGUAUCGUUCCCAUAACUCCCAUGACUCAGACUUGCAGACUUAUCUGUUACUCCUGUUCAGGUCCUGAGCUCAGUGCCUUGGAUGAGCCUGACACAUGUGGAUUCAGCUUGUGUGGCUUUGUGUGAUGGGGACAGAGGUGGAGGGUACGGGUUCAGUGAUUUUAGAAACCCAAAGUUCAGCUAUGGCCCUGAGUUAGUUACUUGCUUCCUUGAGCCUUGGUUUUCCUGUUUGUAAGCAGGGUACAGCAGUCUCCCAUGUCUGUGUCCCAGGAUUUUGAGACUAUUGUCCACUAUGAUGUUAUUGGUAGCUCAUGCCUCCGGUAGCUCACAGGUUAUCUCUGAGCAAGAGGUCAUUUGGAUCGACAGUGGACUCGGACAGAGUAUUUCCUGUGUGCCGGCUGUCAUGACAGAAGUCAUGGAGAGCCCAGAUGUCUUCAGUUCCUAGUGCUGAGGGCUUCGAGCUUAGCUAGAAAGGUGGCCCUGUCUUGGGCGCCUGGUGAGGCCACAGCCCCUUCGCAUAUCCCUGACCUUCAUCCUGUCAUGUAGGAAUUUCCCAAGAGCUGGCUAUGAUCCAAGUGCUCAACACUCCUGCCAGUCUCAGUGACCAUUCCAACAAGGCUGCAUUCCUCAAGUUCCAUGGCCUUGCGUCUGGGGACCCCCCCAGUCACUGCUCCUUCCUGUAGCUUGUGGGGGUCUCGGGCAUUUAUGCAAUAGUCCUGAGGCAACCUUCUGAUGCCAGCCGACAAGCAGACUCCCUGCGAGGCCCAAGUAGAUCAGAGCAGACUAAAGAAUUCUUUCUUCUUUGCCCCAUAAUUUGAAAAGACACUCAACAAGCUCAUCUUUCGGUUUAAAUUUGGCCAACGCCUUUAGUCUCCGGAUGUCUCAAAUUAUGGAUCCCGAGCCCAGCUGCCUGCUCUUUCAUGCAUAACAGAUAAAGUGAAAGAACAAAGCCACCUUUCAGAUUUGACGUGACCUUCAGCUCCUCUGGGUAGUCGUUGGGUUGGCUCUCCAGGAGAAGCCAUCACAGUUAAACCUCGCGAGGGCUUUUCAGCGUCUGUGCCUGGGACGCAGGCUUGAGCCUGGCCUUGCUCCAUCUUCCCCUGUGCAGUGGUCAGGACCCUUGUGCCCGACCUCAGCAUUAUCAGUCUGCCUUGGCACAGUAGGAGGGGGGUAGGUGGUCUUAGAAGUAAAAAAAAAAACUGGAAACUUUGGUUUAUUCUUCGACAGUUUCAUACACGUAAGCAUCAUCUUGGUCCUGUGCACUCUGCUCCAUCCUCUGCCCCCCCCCCCCCCCAACUCCAGCAUCUUCUUUUCCCCUUUUCCUCUUUAAUUCUUUGUAACCUGAGUCCAGUUAUCCUGCCUGGUGAAGUGCUUGCUGGCCUCGUUGGCUUGCUCUGGUGCAGGUAACCACAGCUGCAGAGAGUUCUGGAAUGUGUUGUCCCUGUCCUUUACAGGACAGCAUUUCACAGCUCUCCCCUAACGGUCUGUGUGCUCCCUUCCCCGCAGUGUGCCCCCGAUCCUUGGGGAGGGUGUGAGAACGGUCUAUGUCAACCCUUCUGUAAUCCGCCCUGUUUAGGACUGAGCACCCACCAGGCCCCGUCUCAGCUUUGACCCAUUGAGUCUCUUUAUUAACUGGCCACUGCCGAGAAGCCACCUAGCCAGGGUUAAGGACAGCCCUGACCUAUAGGUAUAAACAUAAGUGGUAGAGAUUCUACAGGCCUGAGACCCAGAUCCUCUGUUCACUGUCCUGGAGUGGCCCCGUAUCUGAGGUCAUUGGAACACUCAGAGAACAUGGCCUUGCUUGCUGGGAGCUCCUGAGGCCAGCCCAGAACAGCCUUGACCAAAUGCCAGCACAGCAUUACUGGGGCAGCUCGGAGCUCCCAGCCAGGACAGGUGUGGGCUGGGACACAAGGUCAUGCUGCUGGGCAACCGUGUCUGCACGUGUCUGCUGGUCACCAGCUUGGCCUUGUCUCUGGGUGACGAGAGGCCUCUGCUCUUAAUCCUUCAUAGUCCAAGGGGCAGGGGCAUGGUUCCCAGCAGUCCCAAGUCAUGCAGGCUGGCCUACACCAGUGGGACACUGGAGAAUUGAGGGGUGUUGCAGGGAAUGCCAGAUGGGCUGCUGAGUGAAGGGAGGUCCUGCUGGACCUCAGAAGGAGCAGGAAGGUUGAGAUACCUUCGAUGGCUUGGUAGCUCUGAUGUUCAGGCCCUGUCUGACUCACUCCAUGGUCAGGUGCCCAGGCACUACCUGGCUCCAUGUGGCUAUGGCUGAACCAUGGCAGAAGGGGGUAGACCCAGUCAGUGGCAGCCCAGCGGUUUGUUGGUCACCAAGGUUCUGGUCCCACAGACGCCCCUGCAGGCCCUGGUUGAGGGUGUCCUUUGUCUUCAUUGCUCCCAGCCAGCAGCCCUGCCACCUCCCUGGGUCGCGUUGCUGAAACUGGGGUCUAAUGCUAUAUCCUGACCAAAGAUCUUGCUUUCCAAAGUGUUUUCAAAUAAAGGUUCUAGAAUUUGAGUGUGUGGUAUGUAUACAGACACAAGUGUGUCAUAGUGCAUGUGUGGGGGUCAGGGAACAACUUUGUAGUGUGGUCUCUGUCUGCCUUUAUGUAGAGUAUAGGGGUUGAAAUCAGUGCCAUUGAACUUCACAAGAAGCACUUUUAUAUGCUGAGCCAUUUUGCUGCCCUUGCUAGACUCUUAGUGCCAGGGAGAACCACCUGCCUCUCUCUACCUCCUGAUGACUGGUAGGGGCAUGCGCACCACUAUACCAGCUACAGCUGUUAUGUCUUCUGUGGCUGUAGUAGGUGGCUCCUGGGAGGACUGAGUCUGAUGGCUGAAGCAGGGAGGCCCAGACCCCCAGACUGUGAUCCUCAAGUGCAAAGUCUUAAAACCAGGGACUGCCACUCAUUCCCCCACCCCUGGUUUCCAUGGGGUAGAACCCUCACUUCCCAGUUGGGGAAGACCAAAAUGUUUGGGCUCUGCCAAUCCUAAAUGAGUCAGACUUCUGAAUUUGAUGGUCCACAGGAAAGCCAGGACUUCAGCAAAACCAACUGUGGUAAAACCAGUUAGGAGCCAAAGGAUUCUGGGUUCGUCUAUUCUACCCCUGUUCCUUGUUGUUUCUAUAAGCUUCAUCAAUGGCUUGGUGUUCUCACCUGUAGAAUGGGAACUCACCUCAUACAUAAGUGUGGAGAUGACCCAUCCUGCCCUCAGGCCCACCCUCUGCAAUGGAUACUGUUUCCAUCUCACAGAAGAAGCUGAGGCCCAGAGAGGUGAAGGUACUUGGCCUGAGUCACUCAGCGGAGCAGGGGCAUGCAGCCUGAGAGAUGCAUCUCAAAUCUGAUGGUUGCUGAUGGGGGCAUUUGAUCAAGGGCGGCUGUCAUUAGAGCUCACAGAAAUGAAGUGACUUGCUGGGCUCACACAGGCAGGAAAGGGUUAGUCCGAGAGGAAGGCUGAUGUGACUGUGUCGCAUUCUCUCUGUUAUGGCGCGUUUCCCACUCCCGUCAGCAUGUCCUCAAAAACAGACGGCAUCCAGAUUGGGAGGGACACAGAAAGGUCACCCCCGGCCAGAAGACAGACAGGUCUAGGCGGUCCUCUUCCGAUAUCUGUGUAGUUAGCAGAGCCCAGCUCUGGGCCAGGGGUCUUGGGGUACCUGGUGUGGGGUGGAGAAAGCUGCAUAGUACCCUCAGACAGGUAUCAGGGGCCUGAGUGGAGACCAGAGUGUGGGACAAGCCAGUGUUCAUCAUCCCUAGGAGCUGGGAGACUUUUCUGCCUAUCACAGAGAACAGAAGGGAGGCUGGAUGAGAGGAGUGCCCAGCCAUGAUGUCCCUGUGAGGGUGGUGGUCAGACCCAGACACUGAGUCACCCCCCAGCAGCAGGGCCCCCUGAACCAUACACUGCCGUAGCCUGAGUCAGGACCGAGCACGUCCCGAGUGCCAUUUUUAUCGCUAUAAGUUUGCCGAUUCAGCUCAUUACACUUAAUUAGAAUUAUUUAAUUAGAAUCUUAAUAAAAGAGUAAAACAGGAAGGAGGCUGGGAGCGGAGGUGAGGAGAUCCGUGCCGAGCCUGUGAAGUAGAUGCAGCUGGAGAAGCGCAGUGUGAAGGGGCUGCAAGGACCUGCUUGGAAGGUUGCAUAGAGCGUCUGGAGCAGGUAGGGGGCCACCGAGGCACAGGAGCGUGACAGGGGACAUGGGAGGCCCAGGACUGGUCAUCAUCUGUUCUUUACCAGGUGCCAAGCCCCCGGCUAGGGGAGUGGACAUGUGGUGUGGGGCCCACUUCCUGUCAUCCUGGGACACCCAGUCCACAGAAUAGAAGACAGAUGUUUACACAGAUGGCGUGGGAAGCAGAGUCGCUGGCACUUGAGGCAACUUUCUUGAUGGAAAACAGCGGAACUUCCUGGAGAGACACCAGCUUGCUCAUGAAAUCUACUGGAAAAGCUGACCCAAGGGGAAGGAGAACUUCAGAACUGUGGCUUCUGUUGCUGUAAAGGAAUGGGGUACUCACAGGGCAUCUUGCACAGUACUGCCCAUGAACGAAUCAUCCCAACCAUGGCCUGUGGCACUGGCAUGUCCCUCCCGUGGCACCAGUGUGUUCCCUGACAUGAGGGCAGGUUCAUGAGUGACGGAGGUGGAGAUAGGCCUGCUUUUGACUGGCUGGGACCAAUAUCAGCUUUUCGCUUAAGACAGAUGUACCUCCUACUCCAUGGAUAAGAAAGGGGAUUGGAGCCGGGCAGUGGUGGCACAUGCCUUUAAUCCCAGCACUCGGGAGGCAGAGGCAGGCAGAUCUCUGUGAGUUCGAGGCCAGCCUGGUCUACAAGAGCUAGUUCCAGGACAGGCUCCAAAGCUACCCAGAGAAACCCUGUCUUGAAAAACAAAAAACAAAAAAGCAAGCAAACAAACAAACAAAAAGGGGGGGGCAGGGUAGGAGGAACGGGACUGAAUGCUAAGCAGGAGAAUUUCCCAAUGAAACAAACCUAGAAAGCCAGCCAUGUUCCACCUUGUCUCAACACAGUGUUAUCAUUUUGACGUUGUUCUCUUAGUUUAAUCUUGACUGUGAACUUCCAAGAGCUAUUACUGGCAUCGGCCUGUUUUGUAGACUGGAUGAGGGGUCUGCAUCUUUGUCAAGGUCCAGGCUUUGGGGUGUGUUGAUGACAAGAGAGUGCUGUGGCUUCUGGAGGGGACACUUGGACUUUGGACCAACCGUAGUUCUUCAGGGUCGAGCAGAGGCAGGCAGGGCUGCCCAGUACCAACCACUGUUGCCCUGCUUGGCAUGGGUCCCAGAACAGGAGGGCACCGUUAUAGAGACAGUGGCAGCCACAGCAUGCCAGUUUCUCAUCAGAAGCAAGGGUGUGUCAGGGAUGUGAGCUUUCUGUUGCUUUGGGGUGUGGUGACCUUGUGAGGAUGCUGGCUACUGCCCACAGUCGAGGUGGUAGGGCCCCACUGUGGUAAACUAGGGGCCACUGUGCUGAGCUCUAAGACCCACUUAGCCCACAACUGGGCAUGCUCACAGAGUUUCCUGUUGGUGGCAAGGUAUCCUCCAUCAGACUGGUGGUCCCUGAACCUGAGGCUAUCUCAUCUCUCAAUGGAGGUUCCCAGGGCUUGGGUGACACUUCCUCCUACAUAUCCAGAGUUCUAGUGUACAAGAACUUUGUCUCCCUCUAGGUACUGAAAGCCAUGGUCCCCACUCUAGGAUGGGACAUGAAAGGUGGAGCCAGCAGCACUGGGAGGAACCAGUUUAUCCUGAAGGAGGCCCUGAGAGGAGUUAGGACUUGCUGAGGUAAUCCUCCAGGGCAGCCAUCCCCCAGACAGCCUCCCAUCUUCUAGCCAGGAGGACUGGGGUAACGGGUGAGGUGUGACCUCAGGAAUGUAGAACUCAGAGCCAGCAGAAGGGCAGCCCUGUUGGCCCAGGCUCAGCUCCAGCACGUAGCUGCCAGCUCCACCCCUCCGAGGAUCCUGCAAUGUUCUGCCUUGAUGCUUGGAGUCCUUGGCCCUGCUUCUGGCCAUUGUCUCAUCCUACAGAGACUGACAGAUGUGCACAGCUGGGUGGGGGCUCUCAGCGAAAUUCAGCUGGCUCACCACAAGUCUGAGCCAUGGAGCUGGACUCUGGAUUCUAGUCCAGGUCUCCGCUUUGCCGAGCUGGGUGACUUUAGGCCCGGAGCUACCCCCUGUCAGGGGCCUUAGUUUCCUUCUCUGUCCUCCAUCUCUGCCGUCACUACAGUAGCCAACACUAUCCUGCUCUCUGGUUGGUGUGUGCUCGUCUGUCCUGGGCUCGUUAUGGAAGUGCAGUCAUGGACUCUGUGGUGCCUCUCUCACGGCACAUAGUGCCUCCCAGGCUCAGCAUGUAGGUGCCUCGGCCCUCCCUUCCCACCAUGCACCAGCGGAGUAGAGCUCAGAACAGGGCCUCGGGGGGCACUGAGCCCCUCUCUCUGGUUUAGCCCUACCAGCAGCCGGGACACUGGCUGUGACAAGGGCCAAUAAGCUGACUGCAGAGCAUGUGUGUACUCUCUGGGGUACUGUGGAACCUGCCCCCACGGUGUUCCACCUUGGUGGCUUCCUCCUCUCCAUUCUUGCCUGCAGUUACCAGCCUGUGGCUCCUGCUGUUGUCCUUUGAUUGCCCGGGUGACAGGAGUCCUCUUGGGUGGGUGUCAGAAGGCUGCGUGAGCUCGGUUCCCUUCUGUGACCCCUGCUGUCUUCCACCAUAACCCUUUUCUGUUCACUGCUCUAUUCUUAGGCUGCCCGGGGGAUGGGACCGUCCUCCAUACCAGCCAGUGUUCCCAGGAAGGAAAUUUCUUUCUUUUUUUUUUUAAAUAAAAAACUAUGUUUAGGUUUAUUUUAUUUCGUGUGUAUGCAUGUUUUGCUUGUGUGCAUGUCUUUGCACCAUGUAUGUGCCUGGUGCCCUUGAAGAUCAAAAGAGGGAUUGAAUCUGGGGUUAAGGAUGGUUGUGAAGCUGGGACUCCAACCUGCAGCCUCUGCAAGGACUUGCACUCUUAAGCGCUGCACCACCUCUCCAGCGCCUUGUGUGUUUUUUUUGACGUCCCUCCCGUGGGAUUGGCGGGGAGGAGAGCUUCAGUUUCAUUCCUCCAAGACAUCUCUAUCUCUCGCUCAA